AUGGAGAAACGCCGGUCUGAACUGACUCCAGAGACGCGAGGAAUUCUCGUGGACUCGUUGGUGAAGCUAGCGGAAAAGAAACAGCUCCGCCCCGAAACUCUGUUUCGCGCCGUCGCCUACAUCGACAGAUACCUGUCUCUGGACCAUCGGAUUCGUACCACCACACGACGCCGUCUUCGUUUACUCGCUGCUUCUUCAAUGCUCAUUGCCUCCAAGUACGAAGAAGUUGACCAACUUAAUGUGGCGGAUCUUGUCAACAUCGCGGGUACUAAAUCCAGACAGGAGGUGCUCAAUAUGGAAAUGGAGAUACUGAAGAAGUUGAAAUUCGAAAUGGGUGCUCCCACGAUACACACGUUCCUCGGUGAGCUUUGUGAAGUUGUUGCUCAAGAGGAGAUGAUGGAGAUGAAAUCGCAGCUCCACUUCAUGGCUUCCUACGUGGCUGAGCUGAGUUUGUGGGAUUGUCGUCUCGGCUCGGAGUUCUCUUCGUCUCUAGUUGCUGCGUCGGUGAUGUUUCUUUCCAGAUUCAUAAUCAAGCCGGAUGUUCACCCUUGGAAUGAUAGCUUACAACGCCACUCUGGAUACAAGCCACCACAGCUAAAAGAAUGUGUACUUAUCAUGCACGAUGAUCUGAAUUCAGGCAGAAAAAGAAAACGCGACGACGACUCGGACUAUGUGCGUACCAAGUAUAGCACGGAAAAGUUCAAAUGUGUAACUGCUGUGGAUUCACCGGGCGAGAUACCUCUCCUAUUCUUUGAAGAUACGGCUUUCGAAUCGAAGAAGGGAGUGCGGCGGGGCGACUCGGCGGCGAGCACGGCUCCGGUUUGCAGCAAAUUCCUCAGAUCACGGAACGGCACUUCCUGUUGA